AAAUAUCAAUAAACGCGUUUGCUUCCAUCUGUCGAUAUCUCAUCAAUCUUCGUCGUAUCACCAAUUGUUUUGCAGUAAUGACGGACAAAUCGAAAGUUAGAAAAUAUUUCCAGAAUCGCGAGAAGCCGACAGCAUGCAGAGAGAGUAACAUCUCAGCUGCAAAAGCCGUUGCCGACGCGAUCAGAACGAGUCUUGGACCGAAAGGAAUGGAUAAAAUGAUUCAAGGACCACACGGUGACGUCACGAUAACAAACGACGGAGCAACGAUACUAAAGGAAAUGCAAGUGCUACAUCCAGCAGCAAAAAUGUUAGUUGAAUUGUCGAAGGCUCAGGACGUUGAGGCAGGAGACGGAACGACGACUGUCGUCAUAUUGGCUGGCAGCUUGUUAGCUGAAGCUCAAAAACUACUAGAAAAAGGUAUCCAUCCUACUACUGUUUCUGAGUCGUUUCAAAAAGCAGCAGCCAAAGCUGUUGAGAUCCUUACUGACAUGGCCACACCCCUUGAAUUGACCGAUCGAGAAUCGUUACUCAAGAGUGCUACAACAGCAUUGAACUCGAAAGUGGUGUCUCAGUAUUCUCCAUUGUUGGCUCCCAUGUGUGUUGAUGCCGUGUUGAAAGUCAUCAACACGGAUCAGUCAACGAACGUUGACCUCAGAGACAUCAAAGUUGUGAAGAAACUCGGUGGGACGGUUGAUGAUACUGAGAUGGUUGAAGGACUGGUGUUUACACAGAAGGUUGUCACGCCCACUGUUACUCGUGUGGAGAAGGCACGGAUUGGACUCAUACAAUUUCAACUGUCACCACCUAAAACGGAUAUGGAAAACCAAGUAGUCAUAUCUGAUUACACUCAAAUGGAUCGUAUCGUUCGUGAGGAACGUCAGUAUAUCCUCGAAUUAUGUAAGGCAAUUAAGAAGGCAGGAUGUAAUGUCCUUCUUGUACAGAAGAGCAUCCUGAGGGAUGCUUUGAGUGAUCUUGCCAUUCAUUUCCUGACGAAGAUGAAGAUACUGACUAUCAAGGAUAUUGAGAGAGACGACAUUGAGUUUAUAUGCAAGAGUGUUGGCUGUAGGCCGAUUGCAAGUGUCGAUCAUUUUACGCCCGACUUUCUUGGUAACGCCGAAUUGGUGGAAACUGCAGCAACUGGAGAUGGGAAAAUAAUCAGGAUCACUGGACCAUCUGUACCUACUCGUACUGUCACCCUCGUUGUGAGAGGUUCCAACAAGUUGGUUCUAGAAGAAGCAGAACGAUCCAUUCAUGAUGCAUUGUGUGUUAUUAGAUGUCUGGUCAAGAAACGGGCUAUUAUUGCAGGUGGUGGAGCUCCUGAAAUUGAAGUGGCACAGAAGCUAAUGGAACACUCUCACUCUUUAACUGGCAUGGAGGCCUACUGUGUGCGAGCGUUCGCUGAAGCCUUAGAGGUGAUUCCUUGCACACUUGCCGAGAACGCAGGAUUGAGUCCAAUAUCAACAGUAACCGAGUUGAGAAACAGACACGCGAAUGGAGAGAAAACUGCAGGAAUCAAUGUCAGGAAGGGCACAAUUACUAAUAUCCUGGAGGAGAACGUAGUUCAACCGCUCUUAGUAUCAACAAGCGCACUCGAGCUUGCUGCCGAAACUGUUCGUAGCAUUCUCAAGAUUGAUGAUAUUGUUAAUGCCCAGAGAAUAUGACACAAAAGGCAAAUAGUAGCUUUCAAUUAGACAAUGUGGACCUUGAAACAGAAUACCGACUGUUGAUGGAGUCUAUCGAGUCUCUUGACUGUUUGUCUUCUGUUUGUGUUCUUUCUCUUACUUCAUUGCGAAUUCCAUGAUACUUCGCUAGUAAACAUUAAUAGAAUGUUAAUCGACAAAAGCGUGAUACAUCAGGUGA